AUGGACGUCGCCCUGGAGUUUCUCGAUCCCCUCGUUCUGGACAAUGCGUACGCAUGGGCUCUACCAAACAAAACCAUCGGCGUUCAGUCUGGCAAUGACACCUCAUUUCACGACUUUCCGACCGCACAAACGACUACUUCGCUCUGGGCGCGGGACAACAUCUACCGCCAAAUUGUAUCGAUCCUGGUGUUAACUCAGCUGGGCGCGAGCCUGCUGUACUUUGUUUUCAGUGCCUUUUCAUACUUCCUUAUCUUUGACAGGAGACUCGAAUAUCAUCCUCGAUUUCUGAAGAACCAGGUGCGCCAAGAGAUCAAGUCGUCUAUGUGGGCGGUCCCAUUCAUCAACAUCCUCACUCUGCCGAUUUUCUUGUCCGAGGUUCGGGGGCACAGCCUGCUCUACUCAAAGGCGAGCGAUUUUGGUUGGACUUGGAUGCUGGUCUCGACGAUUUUGUACAUGGCUUUCAACGAUAUUGCCAUCUACUGGAUUCAUCGCUUGGAGCACCAUCCUUCUGUGUACAAGUACAUUCACAAGCCGCACCACAAAUGGAUUGUGCCAACACCAUGGGCUGCCUUGGCCUUCCACCCCCUUGAUGGAUUUGUACAGUCUCUACCGUACCACGUCUUCCCCUUCAUCUGCCCCAUCCAAAGACACCUCUACAUGAUCCUCUUCGUGGCCGUACAAAUCUGGACCAUCUUCAUCCACGACGGCGACAUGAUCUCCGGACAUUGGACCGAAAAAUGGCUAAACAGCCCUGCGCACCACACAUUGCAUCACAUGUACUUCACGGUCAACUACGGCCAGUACUUCACCUGGGCCGACAGCUACUUUGGAUCGCAUCGCGCGCCACAACCCGAACUCGACCCUCUCCAUGACGCCCUGAAAGUUCUGCGAGCCAAGGGCCUUGUCGACGAGAACGACAACCUCAUCAAGAAGUCAAAAGCGGAAUAA